UUAUACACUGUGUGCCACAGGAUUUGUUUUAUGUGGUGCACACAUACCACAUAGAUGUAUUCUCUCAUAUCUAGGCCCACAUUUACCGCUCACAGCUUAUCAGAGUGAGCUGAGCUCAUGCCGUAGAUCUACGGUUUGGACCCUGAACGUAAAGCCGUAGAUUUACGGGACGGACCCUGAAAGGGUUAAAGUGAUGUGGGAUCACCAAGGGUAUAAUAAAGAGGGAUAAGAAAGGGGUUGAAAUUUAGGGGCUUGAAUAUCCAGCACACUUUUGUGAGUAUGUUAGGUAGGAAUGAAUGGAAAUAAGUGAUAUUUAAUGCAUGCUUUGUUGGAGUGUGAGUGUGGUAACUUUUAUGAAGGGAUUCAGGGAAACUGACUAGCCAGACUUGAGUCCUAGAGGUGGGAAGAGCAGUGCCUGCACUCUGAAGAAGGGGUGGAGAUAUUGCAGUCAGAGAGUAAUUGAUUGUGAUGUCAACACACUUCUGAAAAGACAGUGACUAAAUAGAUGAUGGUGAAUCUGGUUUUUUUAUUUGAUCAAACUGCCUUGGCAGGGGAUGGCCAUGGAGAAAAUAAUCCUCAUAUUGGCCAGAUUAUAGACUUAAUAAUUACUUAACACCUAAUAUUCGAACAGAAUUCGGAGCAGGAAUUUAAUCGAGCUUGGACAUUUGUGCACUCAGCGAUAGAAGCACUGCAGACACACUUGACCCUAGAGGAGGAGGUGGAUUACUCUCAGUCAUGUUAUGUUGAUGGCACCACGACUAUAGUGAACCACUCACUUGGUCUUCUCCAGUUCCUUCUUGCUUUGUUUAAGAAGGAUAUGAAGGAGAACAACAACAGUGAUUGUGUGGGAGAGCUUCUCACUUGGCAAGUGUUCUGGGGACACUCGAGGAAUCCUUCAGCAACUGUGCCAGUCAAAGAGCUCAUUCAGUUGUGGGUUUCAAUGUCAUCAGCACCACCAAGUGUUAAGCACUGUUUAUCACAACUUGUAUCCAUGGUACUGGAACUAACAUGGAGAUCUGAAAAACAGAGUCUGCUCCCAUAUGGUCCUCUGCCAAAUUCACUGUUUCAUGUCGGUAAUGAACUGCAGCUUCGCAUAAAAGAUUGUGGCUCCUGUGAUAGCAUGAAGCUCAUCUUAGAUCUCUCAUCUCCCUGGGCAAAAAUGGUUGUUUGUUCAGUUAUUUUCCAGAGAAUUGCUCCAGUACAAAAUGCAGCCAUCACUCUGGAAGAUAUUAUGGAGUGUUACCGUGCCAUGGUAGCGAGAGCAGCGACCACAUCAUGCUUCAAGACAACAUCUGCGAAAGCCCACGAUCAGAAGGUUAUCUUGCCUUCUACAACCCACCAUCACAAGGAAGACUUGCCCUCUACAACCCACCAUCACAAGGAAGACUUGCCCUCUACAACCCACCAUCACAAGGAAGACUUGCCCUCUACAACCCACCAUCACAAGGAAGACUUGCCCUCUACAACCCACCAUCACAAGGAAGACUUGCCCUCUACAACCCACCAUCACAAGGAAGACUUGCCCUCUACAACCCACCAUCACAAGGAAGACUUGCCCUCUACAACCCACCAUCACAAGGAAGACUUGCCCUCUACAACCCACCAUCACAAGGAAGACUUGCCCUCUACAACCCACCAUCAGAGAACAGUCUUGCCCUCAGCUCCCACAAAGUAUCGGUCAUCCACAACAAGUGCCAGACGAGGUCUUAAUCCUCAUUUAAUCAACAAAAGGACCUGUUCUGGCGAGACACCCCUCAUUCGUGCCUGCAUUAAGAACGAUGUGGAGCGAGUGCGUGACCUUCUGACUGUACCAGGUAUUGACAUCAAUCUAGCUGAUUACUCUGGCUGGACAGCCUUACAUGAAGCAGCCAUGCGGGGCUUUGAUCAAUGUGUCCAGCUUCUGCUCAGUUAUAAUCACUAUGAUACACUUGAAGCCAAGGAAACUGUGUAUCCCUGUGGUAGAAAAGGCCAGAAUUCACGCAGUGUGAAUGUGCGAGCUAGGGGUGGAGAAGAGAUGAAAACACCACUACACGAUGCAGUGGAGUCCAACCAUCUUACCACUGCUAAGUUGCUUCUUGAUUAUCAAGGGCCCGAUUUAUUGAAAGACAAGACAGUAAUGGGCAAGACUCCGCAGAGUUUAGCGACCUCGAGUGAGAUGCGGCAGCUCCUCAAGUCAUACAAGAGAGCACCUCCAUCCUUGGCUGGCAAGAGGAGUGGUGAGCUGCAGAAGUUCAAUAAAUCAAGUUUAAUCUCCAUAGAUCUUAACAACCUCAGUGCCUUCCUUCACAACUUUGAAGAUCAGAUGACAUUUAUCCUCACAUAUGUUAACAGCUACAUGGAAGUUUCUGGCAUCAGAUCUCUUGGCUUAGCCUUACAACAAGAAAUGAACCAACCUAAUUCAGCUGUUAUACAGACUAACAAUAUGGUGGCAAGUUCUACGAGAAUAUUGAAGCUACUCAGAUUGAACUGCAAACUCUCCGGCAACUUGAAACUCAGGGUAAUGAAUCUAAAGAUGUAAGGGUUAAGUAUGUAUUUAGUGAAACAGCAACACCUUCCAAUUCUGAAAUAGCGUUGAUUGACGAAAUAUAUGAUCAUUUUUUGUUGGAUUUGUUUACAUGGAGGAAUAAGAAUAUAGCAAAUACUACUAAAAAUGAAACAGAUUUUGAAGAAGUGCUAAGAGCCAUGUUUUUAUGAGAAUUUUUACAUUAGGACCAGAGUACACUUUAGUGAGACCGCAAGAUAUUGUACUCCUGUGUAUAAUGUUGACAAAUAAAUAUGUAAGAUCUCGUUACUAUUUGUUCAUUAAUUUUUCAAUGCCCCUUAAAAAUUUUUUGCUCUGUUUAGACAUAGGUAUUCCUCUUACUAAAAUUAAUUUUAAAUUUAUUUCUUCAAUUCUUCUUAAAUUUCUCUGGUUUAAAAAAAAAUGAAAUGUGUAUAAAUAUUAUGUUUCUUUUAGAAUUAAGGUGAUCAAAAUUGUUGAAUCCUGAAGAUUGAGCAGGUAGAAGAAUUUUUGUUGUAUAUAAACAUUUGCUUUAUGUCUGAUGUAAUAAAAUUAGAUUAUGUUUAAAAGUAGAGGGGAACCCAUCUUGCGAUGCUCUCAGUCUGUGUACCUAGGAAUGACAACCUUGUUUUACAUCCACCGAGCUACAGUACAAACACUUUUGAAACGUCCUUUUGAAUAUUAUUUGCUUUAACACACUGGCUGCCUCCCAUCGAGUCAGGAUGACCCCAAAAAGAAGAAACGCUUUCCUAAAGUAGUUGUUCUUUGUGCAUUUAGUAAUUUGAACAGGAGUUACUACCUCCUUGUUCCUCCAGAAGUAAGGAGCUGGUAACCCCUUCUGGAGGAAAAAUUCUUCUCCACUUUCCUUGGAAGACCUCUGAAUAUACUUUUCCGUACUGUUUUCUAUGCUAAUAGCUUACUUGUCUGUGGAAACACCGGUAACACCAGAAAUUCUUAAAUUUAAACAACAGAAACACGAGUAGUUUUGAAGCGAAAGAACCAAGAAACAACUUACUUGCUAAUUUAAACAUUAAAUUGUAAUUCUUUUGUUGGUUGAACCAGCAAGAAUGAAAUUCAUUCAACUUGUAUUCAAGUGGAACACAACUUGUAUUCAAGUGGAAGAGCCAGGAACACAACUUGUUUGGAAGUUGGAAACCUCCUGUACUAUAUUGAUAGAAAGUCAGAAAACUAUUUGUGAAUGGCCUUUAAGACUUAAUGGUAUUAGAAAAGAACAGUAAUUACUUAUGUGAAAGUUACACUAGUAAAAGAUUAUAAUAAUCUUACACUUACAUUUUAUAGUGUAGGCUGGUGUAAAUAAUUUGGACAUAAAUAUUGAAAGAUAUAUUUUAAACACCUUGAUUUUUGUAAUCAUUUUAUUAUUUUUAUAAAUAUUUGUCAGAACGAUAUCUCCACAAAGUAUUAUGGAGAAUUUAAGAUUUUGCAAAACUUAAAUAAUUUUUCUUCUUACAAUUUCCUCAGUAAAAAUACUCUAUGUAAGUUUUUACUUUGUCUCUACAAGAAUUGAGACUUAAUUCUGUUUUAAUGGCAGUUAAAUACUCAGUCUUAUUUUCUGUAUUAUAGAACUCUCUUUUCUUUCAGCUGAUGUAGACCUUUAUUACCCUUACAGGUUAAGUGUUUCUUGCAUUUUUAUUUUUGUAAUGCACAAAAAAUAAGGGAACACAUUUCAUCAUCAUCAUUGACUCCUGUACUCACAUAGUUGUGGUUGUAGUGAUUGAGUCACAGCUCCUGGCCCUGUUUUACCUGAAGUGUUCUAACAUAGUUCAGAUGUCCCUCUGAACUGCAACAUCCUCUCCCUUCCUAUGGAGUGUAGACACUGUACUUCCCACCUCCAGGGUUAACUCCCAACUGGUUUUCCUCAAUCCCUUCAUAAGUGCUACUUUGCUCACAUUCUAAUUAUACAUCAAGCUAUAAAACCACUUUUCUUUGUUCUUUCCUAUCUAAUACACUUACACAAACCUGAUGGAUGUUCAUGCCCCUAGUAUUCAAAACCUCUUUUAUUCCCUCCAGCCUUUCUGGGACAAUGCUAGGAAAGGUUGGAGGGACCGAAGAUGGCAUUUAAAUCUGGAGUGUAAGAACGAAAGGGUAGGGGCAUCCAAGGAAGGGUUAGAGGGACCUAAGAGGGUACAUACAGUAGAGAACCCCAGUAUCCACUGAUUCGGCAUCCGUGGUUUGUUAUCCACGGUUUA